AUGAGCUUCUGCAGCUCUGGAUGGGAAGAACACGUGUGGCGGGAGGGUACCAGUGAAUUAGGGGAGUUUCAUGCCUUCAUCAUCUCGGAUGUACGGGAACUCUGCAGCAGCUCAGGCAGGGAGAUGCUUCUGCUCCGGAUUCUGAACCCGUGGGGUCGGCGGUGCUGGCAAGGGCCAUGGAGAGAAGGGGGUGAAGGAUGGAGCCAGUUAGAUCCAGCAGAUGCUUCUGAACUCUCAUCUCAGCUCCAGGAAGGUGAAUUUUGGGUUGAAGAGGAGGAGUUCAUCCGGGAGUUUGAUGAGAUCACUAUCAGCUACCCGAUCACCAAGGAGGGCCACCUGCAGAGCCUCUACACUGCCACGGUGUUACGUCACACUCAGAAGCAGCCCGGGGCCUGGGUCAAAGGGCAGUCUGCAGGAGGUUGCCGUAACAACAGCAGCUUCCCUAGCAAUCCCAAAUUCUGGCUGCGGGUCUUGGAACCAAGUGAAGUAUGCAUUGCCCUCCUGCAGAGACCCCGAGUGUGCCAGGCCGACUGGGCAGGCAGGAUCCUGGCCCCGGCUCCAAGCAGAGAGAGCAGACCAGCGCUGAGCCCGCCAGGCUUCCCGGGGAAGGAUUAUCAAGCAGUGGGACUCCACGUGUGGAAGGUGGAGAAGAAGCGGGUCAAUCUGCUGGGGGUCCUUUCCGCCCCCCCUGUGGCAGGCACGGCCUGCCAUGCGUAUGACCGGGAAGUCCACAUGCGCUGCGCCCUCUCUCCGGGCUACUACUUGGUGGUCCCCAGCACCUUCCUGAAGGACGCCGCCGGCCACUUCCUGCUGAGAGUGUUUUCUAGUGGCCGGAUCUCUCUCAGUGAAGUCAAAGCAGCCCCCAGCAGCGCCGCCGCUCCUGGAGACUUUGCUGCUGGCGAGUGGGAGACGGUGCAGCUGAGGGGAUGCUGGAGACGCGGCCAGACGGCGGGUGGCAGCAGGAACUUCCUGUCCUAUCCCAGCAAUCCCUGCUUCCCCCUCUCGGUGCCCCUGGGCACGGGCCCCCGCAGCAUCCGAGUUACGUUGCGCCAGCACUGCCGGGACAGCGAGUGUCACCCCAUCGGCUUCCACAUUUUCCAGGUGCCGGAGGGUGGCUGGCCUCGGGGGGCUCCGUCCCUGCUCUGCCUGGAGCCCCUGCUCAGCUGUGUACCUCAUCGCUACGCCCAGGAAGUGAGCCAGAUAUGCCGACUCUCGGCGGGCGAGUACAGGAUCGUGCCGUCCACCUACCUGCCCGACGCCGAGGGAGACUUCACCGUCAUCGUAGCGACGCAGAUAGACAGGAGGCCUAUUCGGAGCCAGGAGACCCUGGGGCAGCUCCUACAGGAGGUCUCCUUCACCGCCGUGAUGAAAAGAUAACUGCGGAUGCCCCAAGCGAGAGCCUUCAGGGAGAGAACAAGGAGGUCCCUGGAGGGGCCCAAACUGCUCUCUGCAGAGUGUGAGACGCUCCCGCUGCCCGGGUGCUCCUCAGACAGACCCACCAACACUAUCGAUACCUCAUUUCUUCACUCGGUCCCCCGACGGCCAGCUUUGUAGGGGCCUCAUCCUACUUGACUGAAAUGGCACUUCUUAGAGAAAGCUCAGACUGUGGGAAGCCGGAAAGCCGUCGUCCCUCCCCCUCUCCUCCGAGGGUGCAGGUUCUAGACCUGAUGUGACUGCCUAAGGGGAAGGCGGUGAGGACUGUGGGGAGUUUGGGGUUGAGAAGCAGCCUGGAGGGAGCGCCGGGAGGGACCUUGGAGGAAUCGUGUUAACUCGGAGCCAAGUGGCCGCCUGUCCAGGGGCUCCAGGGAGUGAGGAGAUGAUGUGAAGUUUGAACUCGGGGCCUCCAGCUCUGCAUCCAGCACUAGGUCGAACCAGGCUCGGCCCAGAAGGACGGCAGCUCAGACUGAGGCAGCAAGAAAGGUGUGAAUUGUUUGUUUGAAGCCCUGUUAGGAACGAGCGGAAGGUCUCCACAGGGCUGUGACCUCCGCUGCCCAAGGGUGGGGCCAGAGAACCGGGCCAGAGAGAAGGCCCAGGCUCAAGUGAGCUCAGCUCUGGUUUUCUCUGUCAAGGAUGAGCAAAGAUGCACAAAAACGGCCCAAAGGGGGCUGAUCAGGGCCCUCUGGCUUCCCACGGUGAGCUCAGGCCGCGGCCCAGACGAGCUACCUCAUAGGGUUCAGACAUGGUCCGUGUAGGUCAUGUUGGAGCACUUCCAGAGAAGGAAACUGGAUUUUCAGAACGGAGGACAGAGCAGAGCCUUCGUGGCACUUACUGCACGGGUGGCUUGUGAGGAGUGUGUCAGGAGCGGGUCGUUCGGUUCAGCAGACAUUUAUAAGUGCCCAGUUUGUGCGGGGACACGGCUGGGCACUGGGGAUAAAAAGACAAUGAAGUGGGCGCUGCCCACCCGCAGAGGGCAGGAGGGAGGAGGCAAGGAUUAGGGUUGAGAGAAGGGAACCACCGAGCCUCGGAUGGAGCAGCCGGUAGAAGUUGAAGAGGGAAAUAAGGCAAACCUGCUUAUCGGUGGGAGCCCCGGGAGGUAGGAGGUCUUCGAGGCUUCACUCAGACGUGACCCAGGAACCCCGCUCGUCUCUCCCAGCUUGACACUGAGUGAAUCCACUUCUCAGUGAGGCCAUAGUCUAGGACGUGGGACUGUCAUUGGUGUGGGGGCUUCCCACAGGGGCAGAUUGCAGCCCAUCUCGCCCGGUGCCUCCCGUAGUGAGCCACAGGGUGCCGAGAGGCCCCGGGCCAGGCCAGGCUUCCAGACGACUCCAGCACUGUGUCCUCCAGUACACUGCACUGCCUCUCCUGAUGUUGGCGGCAUUCUGAGAGGCGCCCUCGCAUCAGGAGGAAAUGGACUCUCCAGCUGUUUCUUAUGGGAAACAUUUUUAAGAUUGUCAUUUUCGUAAUAAACAUGUAAAUGCAAAA